CUAACUGAUAAGAGCUGUCAACAUUAGGUCUGAGAGUCAGUGUCUCAAAGAGAAAAUAAACAGUUGUUGUGAGAUUUUAAUUUCUUCUAUUUGUCACAUAAGUUGCAUUAGUAGGGUUCAUAAGAUGAAUAUGUAAUUUAGGAGUGGAUUUAAGCUGUAGACAAUAAAAGUUUUAAGGAAAUACUACUGUUGUAAAUUCUUGCCGAUUUGUUCUUGCCUCCUUGGGGUCUUUGUGCUUCAGCAGGGUAAAUAGUUCUCCCCUUGGAUGAAGAAGCAGAUUUGGGUUAGUAUUUUCUCCUUGUGAUUCUCCUAGUAGUUCUAACACAAUCUUUUCUUUGGGCUAGUUCUGUCUGUGGCAGCACCAGGGAGAAGGCUGUAUGGAGGUGGGGGUAAGUAGGGCUGCAGAUACUGGUGCUUCUGGUGGCUUUUUGCUGGCUCAGUGUUCGUGGCCCGUAGCUGUAGUAUUGACAGGCAUUUAGUUAAGGUCCUAAAUUUAGUGUCCUGGUUUUAUCUUUUCAUUUCUAUGUGAAAAAGGUGAAGUAUGCAUAUAUGAAACUUGUGUUUUAUUGAGAAGUUGGCAACUAAGAAUUAAAAUGUUCUGGCUAUCACUUCAAACAUUUUUGUGUGAGGUUUUUGACCUAUUUUUUUCAGUUUACUACUUCUACCCUGUAGUUUGUGAUGAGAUCAUUAAUCUAUUUUGAGAGGAUUCUGUGUCUGUCAACCUAACACUUCCAAUCAAAAUUAGUUAUGGGAAGUGGGACAGUGCAGAAAAGUUUGUCUGCUCCAGUUUGUUGGAGAGUAAACACAAUAUUCCUGUCUUCAAUGGUGUGUGUCCAUGGGUCUGUGAAUAAAGUGUGCAUAUCUUCCCAGCAAAUCCUCUGUAAACACAACCAUGGGUGGUAUCACACUGCGUAUGCACAUCAGCACGGCUGCUGAAGUUCUUGGGGUUAUGUCCUGGAAAAGCUAAAUAAUACCUUUUUGGCUUUAGCACACCAUAGCUGCUAAAAGUGGGCAAAACCGUAUUAUGAUCAUUUCCUGGAAAAGCUGUGUAGGUAAUACUUCAUAUGUGUAGCUACACUGUGGUUUUCACUUUCUACUCUUCCUAAAUUAUCAUAAAUUGAAGACUCGGGUACCUGGGAACUUUACAUUUUUAUUUUUUCCUGAUUGGUAUCAAAUGUAGUCUCAUUAGCUCCUGCCAUCCAAAAUGACAGAUACUUGGUUAGGUGUGCUGAUGGAUGGAAUCCAUAUCUGCAACGUGAAUAACUCUGUUUCUUUCUUCAGAUCUUGCAUCUGGUGACUUUUUUGUUCAAUUUGUAACAUACAAAGCAGCUUGUGUGGAAUUUGGCCCUUUCCUCUUUGAGAUCAAAUAAUUUAAGCUUCAGAAAUAAGCAUGCUCAUGACAUGUCUUGUGGUUCCUACAGGUGUUAGUAGUGUCUGCAUUGGUGUGCUGAGGGCAUUAAAGCAAUAUCCUCCUUCAGAUUUGAGGUAGUUAUUAAGGAAGAGAGAGCAAAAUCCGUUUCUGCACAGGAUGGUGAUAACAGUAAUGCAACUUUGGUUCUUACCGUGAACUGUAGAGGUUUUGCAUGUGCCUUUUUCUAUUAAUUUGCCAAACUCUGUAAUGCAAAGUAGAGCUAAAUACUACCUAUGAUCUUGAUGAAUCCAGUUGCCUCUAGUGGAAAUAACAAUAUACUUAAAUCUUUGAUUUUGAUUUCGGUAUUUUGAGAGUGACCUGUAGGGUAUUCAAUGCCAAGUGGUGUGGAGACCCUGGGAUUUGAAUUGAACUGAAUUGCACAGUUAUGUACUGGAUUAGACCGUUCUUUGUAGAGCCUCUAUUUGUCAGGCUAGACUAGUAAUUGCUACUUCGUCAAAGUGGAGUACAGUGAAACAGCAUGUUUGCAUAAGGUGUUAUGUUUUGAUUUACAGGUGAGUUUAAAAAUAAUGUAUUUAAGUUCUGAGGACCUGUCUCUUUUAUGUGGGUAGAUGUGGAGAGGCAAAUCUAAUGCUUUUGGAAAGCACAUAAAGUGGUGGUUUUUAAAUACAGUAGGUCAUACAACUGCUAAAACAAAUACUGCCAUUCAAUAAUUGAGCUUGGCAUAAGUAGCCUUCAUAUGUUGUCAGAUCAAUUGUAUUGUGAGUCACCUAUUAGAGAAUAUUUAUUCUAAUACUUGAUAUUUUUAAUGUGUAUAGUGGUAACAAUUUGAAACUAGCAAUAUUUAUGUAAUCUUCAUUGUCUGGGGUUCUGGUAGUAUGAACUGUAUUUACGUUUUCAAAUGCGUGCAGAGUUUCAGCAGGUACUGCGUGUGUGGAAGGUGUGUUCCCAUAAAUGUCAUCCCAGCAUGUGACUAGUAAGAGAUGACCACUUUAGGUCCAGAGGAUAACAUGAGCAGGGACUGGAGUUCCUGCCCAGUAGAAGUUCAGGGUUGCCCCGCUCCGUGUGCUGGCUGGCAUCCGGCUGUGCUCCAGGUUCUCCAGUUUUCCCAAGCUGCAGCAUCCCAUAAAAACCUGCAAGCUUUCAAGGUGGUGGUGUUUUUGUUGUUGUUGUUAUUUCAGUACUGCUAUGACAUAGACUUAUGUCCUUAGAUUGCUUCCACCCCCCCACCCCCCCCUUAUUCUGAUAGAUUUUGAAGUUUUACUGAUUGUGUUCUUCAGCUCUCCCUUGUGUUUUGUUCAUGUAACUUCACAUCUGUCUUCAUUUCAGUCUUUAUUUCCUGCAGUACUUUUUUUGAAAAGCGAUUAGGGCAUGCAAAUCUUGUAAAAGUAAUAAAACAAUAAGAGGUGUUUACUAAUAAAACAGUAUGCAUCUGUUGCAAGUGUUCAAUAUUUGUCAGUGUGUCAGUGUGAAAUAUUUCAGAUUUGACAAACCAAUAAUUUUAGAGGAAGGUAAAAGCCACAUAUAUGUAGAUAAAUGUAGAUAAAAUCCCAAACGGGUGCCUCCCUUGAAAUAUUUGCAUUUUAAAAAUGGUUUGAGUGUGUUUUAUGAAAAAUGCUGCUAACUUAGGGAACUACUUUUCCUGUGCCAUUUUACUAGAGCAAUGAAUAUGUAAUGUCAUAGAACCAUACCUCACGUAUGGUGGAAUCAAAACAUGAUAUGCUCAUUUUCUAUGCUAACUUCUAGUUAAAUUGCAAGGAGGUGAGAGCUCUCCUGCAAAUACUAAAAAGUGCCACUGUGCAGCAGCUCUAUGGCAGAUGCAACAUGCUAGUUAAACAAAACUUUUUUUUUUUUUUUCAAAUGUGUGACACUUUGGGUUGUUUUUUGAAUUCAUUUAUUGGAGUCGGUGCUUAUGAUAUGAUGUUUGGUGCAUGGAAAUAAAUUUUAAAAGUCUCAAGCCAUUAUGUAAUAGUGAUGAAAACCUUGAAAACAUAAUAUGAAUGAAACAUGAGUUCUUAAAUCACGAGAUGUAAAGAUCUACUGUCUGCUACUCUUCAAAAUAUCCCAUGAUUUCCAAGUAAGUGUGUAUGAUGAUUUCAUGGAUCAAAGUUGUGGUUUUGAACACCAAGUGUUGACUGGACUGGAUUUGUGUCCUUUGCUUUUGAGAAGAAAACACUUAAUGGAAGGAAAUAAAAACUUCUGCUUAAAUAUAAUAUGGGUCCUUUCUUAAACGGUAUGGUUUGUAGGCAAUAAGGGGAGGGCAAAACUGUUCGUAUGAUGCACCGGAAUGGUAGUAUUAGUCAUGGAUUUCAAAUAAGGCUCAGUUUGCUUGUGAAAGCUAUAAUGCUGUAAUUUUUCUUCUCCCCCUUUUUCCCCCUGCUCAUAUGGUGGUCAUGACAAACUCAUAGUACAGUACCAGAGUAUUCUUACUAUUAAAAAAAAAAAAAAAAAAAAAAAAAAAAAAAAAAAAAAAAAAUGCUUAAACCAUUAUAAUUGCUACCUUCUGUGGAAAAAAAAUAAAAAGAGACACUUAAAAAAACAAACCCACAAACAAACUCUUCAUAUUAAUGUGUCAGGUGCUUAUGAGUAUCUGCUGUCCUGCACCGAUAAGACGAAUUAGCAUUCCUGCUUAACUGUCUGCAUACUUAAUUUUCUUCCAAAUAAGGUACAUGAAAUAAUUUUGAAAGAUAUUUUAUGCAGUGGAAAGUUUGAAAGGAUAGUUAUGAUUUGAGUUUAUGAGAGAGAAGUAAAAUUAGAUGUAGACUAAAAUUCCAAUUCAUAGCAAUUGCGUAAUGACUGGUAAUUCUAAAACAGGCCAAUUUUAUUUGACUUUUCCAGACAACUGCUCUUUGGCUUUCAGAGCAAACUUAGCAAUUUUCAGAUAAAAUCAAUUUUGUUAGCCAAUGUCAAAGGUGGUGGCUAAAAUUAGAGCUUAUUUUGCAGCCCUAACUACAAACAGGCAGCUGUCUGUCUGUCCAUAAUUACUCUAAGAGGAUUGUGCCAACUUUAAUAACAGAUUAUUUUGUUGAAGUAUGUGAUUUUUUUUUUUUCUUUAAUAGCAUAUUGGAGUUCUGUUUGAUGAAAUUUUUAUUAGGUUUCAUUCAGCUUGUGGCAUGGAGACCUGGAAAUGUCCCGAGUUACAAUGUAGUAGCUCUGUAGAGUGUCAGUUUAGGGGUAGCUGUAUCUAUGGUCUUGGCUGGCGUGGCAUACAGAAAGCAGCCUUAUUGCAAGGGUUGCCAGUGUUCAUUGACGUUGUGCUUAGUCAUACACUGUUUUCAAAGCUUUUGCUGACCAGUCUUUGGUGGUUCUUCAAGAUAAAAUAUACUAGACACUGGUACACUAAUGAAAGUGGUGUGCAAAGAUGUGACCAUUAAUACCAUAUGUCCUUUCAUUGUAUUGUUCCAAGUACACCAUUCAAAAGGGAAAUAAUGUGGUGUUGACUUAUUGGGUAAUCUUCCCAUGUUGUAUCAGAAAUAAUGCCCAUGAAGUUUAUAAAGGUCAUGCUUGUCACAGAGCUGCCUAGUGGCAGAAAUUUCCCAGCUGUCAUUGAGGACAGGUAGUAAAUGACGUUUUACUGAUAUAUGGAAACAUGUCUGUAUAAAAACGAAGAUUCUUUCCCCCCUAAAGGUGUUGAAUAGAAUAAUGUUGAUAAUAACUUUGCCCAUUAUCCCUUUAAUUCUGCUUCAUUUGUGUAGUUUAAAAGAAAGAGUCUGACUGACCAGCUGAAGACAAUGAUUUAAACAUUGUUUCCCCCGAGUUUGUAACAACUUUCCCUAUCUAUAAUAUUUACAAUAGAUGUCAUUAGGGAAUAAUUUUGUGAUGUUUACGGUCUGUCAAUUUGACAUAAUAAAGGGAAAAAAAACAGGAGGAAAGAUAAAAGAGAAAGUGCAAAAGGAGGUCCACUGAGAGUUGCAUAACCUGCAGGGGAAAAUGAGGUUCCCUUUCCAAAAAGUAAGGUAUAAAAUAUCAAGGAUAAUCAUUAGAACUGAAUAUAUGAGGUAACAUAUUGGUGGAACAACAGCAAAGCAAAAGCAUUCAUUUGAAGUGGGAAGGUAUGAAAGAUACGUAAGGAGUGAAGAGAAGAAAUAGAAUGGAGUAGAAAAAGAGUCUUCUGAAGCUUCGUCUGCAGACUCUGAAGUGUUCGAAGGACAUUUACCUGUGUCAUACUUGGCUCCAUGUUAGUAGCUUGAUGUCUGUAGUUGUGUGGGAUGCAGAGAGUUUUUUGCACUGAUGAUCACAAAGUGUAACACUUUCUCUUCUUAGAGGUGCUUUUGGAAGAAAUGUGAAACUUUGUAUGCAAAGCCCAGAGUGGUAUUUUGUUUAAAUGUGAGUUCCAGAGAUAAGACUUCAGUUCAGAUUGUUGAGUAACUUACUAGUAGAAUCAAGAAAGAAAAGAAUGGCCAAUGACAUGGCAGAACUGAACAGAAAAUUAAGCUAGCAUAUUCCACAGUUGUUUUUGAAGCAGGAUGGCAUGCACUGUUCUUCCUCAAGCCUUUUCCUACUUGUGUUUUCAGGCCUCCUUCAAGAGCCUACCAGAUAAAUAGUUGCAGUAGUGUGGCCUAAAUGAAACAGUAGUUUUUCUUUGGGCAAAAGUUAAGAACUUACAUGAAAGGGAAGGUAAUAAUAUUGUCAAAGAAUGAAAUGGUCACUGGAAGAAGGCUAUUCUUCUCUCGGUGCCACGACCCCAUUCUUAGGUUGGAAAGUUAAUGUAUAAGGUUUUAUUUCAAUUAGCAGGUUGGUGGAAGUUACAGUUCACAUGAACAUAUGUGUGGGGAUUAGUGUUUCUGAGGCAGAUGGGUUGGCACAGUCAGGAGUGGGAGAAAACUUCUGCUUUCUCCUUGUUAGCUGUCAAUGCAGUGUUGAUGGCAUGGACAAUGAGUAGCACUGUGGUACCACCAGCACAAGUGCUAACACUGCUUCAGGCAUGUUCUUCCCUGUCCCUUAUUUGCUGUUUACUUGUCCUGUUGUUUGGUACAAGUCAUCCAUCACUACACACGUGCCUGCUUUUAACGGUCACUUCCUGUGGUAGUGUGCUUUAAUGCUGCACCUGUGUUAUACCAGCUCAACACAGAUUCUCAUUUGAAAGAAUAACACUGCUUUCCUCUUACUGUGCUACUGGCUGCCUAAGCUCGGUCAUAACUUAAACUGGCACUUGCUUUGAGAAGUGCUUGGCUUGUUAUACUUGUGUGCGUCCAGAGUUUUCCAACGAAGCAAACGGAUUAUCUCCCAGUGCACACUGAAAGCAUGUAUGGAAGAGUGAAGUUUACUGAAGGUCUGCAAACCAUGGAGAUGUGCCUCAGAGGUCUCAAUGGGACACGUGAAUGAGUAGAAAAACAAGUUGAAAACAAGGUAUUAGGAAAACCUAUUCAGUACACGCAGUUGUUUCCCUGCAGUUGGGAGCACCUUCCCUCUUGCAAUCUUUUUCAAGUGUAGAUCACUCAUGUUAAAUAUAUAGCAGGGAACAUCUUGUGUUAAGUAGAGAUAUGAACCUGAACAGAAGAAGAGGUCAAGCGUGGAAAUAAAUUCCAGUCAGUACUGGAUGAUUGAGAAGUCCCUUUGCUCUCUCUCCCUCUUGUUUGGAGAGGCGGUGCUUGAAUUCACUUCAGAAAUGAGGAGAAAAAAAGUCCUUUUUUAAAGAAAAAAGGAAACAUACUCUUUAAAUUCUCAUUAACAUGUGGAAGGGGGCAAUUCAACCCUGUAGUCACCUAGAUCGUCACGUUGUCUUUUCGUGAUCAGAAUAUGGAACAUUAAAUGUUGUGAUGUCCACAUUACACUUGAAUUUUUAUGUAAGUGUUCUUGCUGUUUAGGACACUGGUAUUUUGAGUGGUAAACAAACUAUUUGAAAUUAUUUAAUCUAGCCUCAUGGUUUGUCAGUACACUUAGUUCUGUGGAUCACUUCUGGAAAAGAAAAUUUAUUCCUCCACAGGCCAGAUCCUCUUCCCAGUUCUGUCCGUCAGCAUACUUCCUGGCCACAGCAGCAAGUGUGUUCUGGUUAUCAUUGAGCAGUUCAAAGAUGCAACCUGGGUGUAAAGUGUCCCUUUCAAAAGCCAUAGCUCUACAGUAAGCUUUGUUUAGCUAUAUUGUGUAUGCUUGUGGAAGGGAUUAGUAAUAGAUUUUUGUUUUUCUUUCUUGGCAGUCACUGGAAAGCAAUAGACUGAAUCUAUUUUGAUUUUACUCAGGAUAGAUUAGUGGGUGUCAAAUGUUACACAAUACUUGACAUAUCCACUGCUGUUAAGUUAGUUGUGGCAAAGGGAUUACCCAAUAAUGAAUCGCCAAGCUCUUUAGCCAUUUAAAGGGAAUUGUGCCACUUCCUUGCCCUGGUGAUACUCUCUUUCCUGGCCAGGACCUUCUUGUGACAGUUCAUGUUUGCAUGUGGAAAACUCCAUGCAGAUGUGCAAGCACCAGUUUGACGGCUUUGUGUUCAGCUUCUACCUUGCUAAUUGUUUUCGUGAGAUUAUUUGGAUUGUGUAGAAAGCUUUUCCCAAAUCUCCUUUAUUACUGGAGUUAUUGUUGCCAGCAGGAAUAAGAUUAAAGGUGCUUAAGUCUGUAGAGUUGUUUCUAAUUUGUACGUGUCAUUUCAGUGGCAUUUGAACAGAACUCAGUCUCUUCCCCUCCCUGCUCCCCUGUGGUACUGUGCUUGAGUUAGGGCUGAGAAGCCAAGCUAUUGGAAGAAAAUUCAUUUUGUUCCCUAAUUAUUAUGCUGGCACUUGGGAGAUAAUUUUUCCCUUCAUGCACUGCCAAUUAAUAUGCAAAUGAGCUGAUAAAUAUUUAUACCAUGAUUUAAAUUAUGCAGGGAGCGCUUUCAGUGUACUCUGCAAAUGAAUUGUUCAUGGACUUCAAAGUGCUGGCUGCUGUGCUAACGAGGGGAGAUUUGCAUAAGGCCCUAAUCAGGCGCAUACUGAUUAAGCUUCAUUAUGGAAACUGCCAGCUGCAAUCUUUGUUUCUAUUUUAUUACAAAAAGGGGAACUUUUCACGCUUCAGUCGCCUUGACAAUGUCAGACACAGCUAGUAGGAGAGACUAAAACUCCACAGAGCAACUGAAGUUUCCCUGUUCAGUUGAAGAUUGCUAUGGUGUAACUGAAGUUGUAUUUCUUCCCCCACCUCCCCACUCCCUUUCUUGUUCAGUCGAGAGCAGUAGUGUAGAUUUGAUAGAAAUUGCCAUUCUCCCUUUCCUUGGACUAUCUGAACCUGUAGAGGAUACCACAGCAAUGCUGGACUGCAGCGACUACGUUCUAGACUCAAGAAUGAACAAUCCGUCAGAAACCAGUAAACCAUCAAUGGAGAGUGGAGAUGGGAACACAGGCACACAAACAAAUGGCCUGGACUUUCAAAAGCAGCCUGUGCCUGUCGGAGGAGCGAUCUCCACGGCCCAGGCCUUCCUUGGGCACCUUCAUCAGGUCCAGCUCGCUGGAACAAGUUUACAGGUUGCUGCUCAGUCCUUAAAUGUACAGUCUAAAUCUAAUGAAGAAUCUGGGGACUCUCAGCAGCCAAGCCAGCCUUCCCAGCAGCCUUCAGUGCAGGCGGCCAUACCCCAGACCCAGCUUAUGCUGGCCGGAGGACAGAUCACUGGGGUAAGAUUUACCCGAGCAUACUGCAGUAAACCUCCUGUCCGGCAAAUGAUGGCAGUAUCUACGGCAGUCCCCACAGAACUGUCAGUGAAGCUCACGUUGACGCCAGCCCAGCAACAGUUAUUGCUACAACAGGCGCAGGCACAGUUGCUGGCGGCUGCAGUGCAGCAUUCAGCCAGUCAGCAGCACAGCGCUGCUGGUGCCACCAUCUCGGCCUCUGCUGCAACGCCGAUGACGCAGAUCCCUCUAUCUCAGCCAAUACAGAUUGCACAGGAUUUGCAGCACUUGCAGCAGCUUCAGCAGCAGAAUCUCAACCUGCAGCAGUUUGUGUUGGUGCAUCCAACAACCAACUUGCAGCCAGCACAGUUCAUCAUCUCACAAACACCGCAGGGGCAGCAGGGUCUCCUGCAAGCGCAGAAUCUCUUAACGCAACUACCUCAGCAAAGCCAAGCCAACCUCCUGCAGUCUCAGCCAAGCAUCACCCUUGCCUCGCAGCCAGCAACCCCAACACGCACAAUAGCAGCGACCCCCAUUCAGCCACUUCCACAGAGCCAGUCAACACCAAAGCGAAUAGACACUCCCAACUUGGAGGAGCCCAGUGACCUUGAGGAGCUUGAGCAGUUUGCCAAGACUUUCAAACAAAGACGGAUCAAACUUGGAUUCACUCAGGGUGAUGUUGGGCUCGCUAUGGGCAAACUCUAUGGAAAUGACUUCAGCCAAACUACCAUCUCUCGCUUUGAAGCCUUGAACCUCAGCUUUAAGAACAUGUGCAAGUUAAAGCCACUUCUGGAAAAGUGGCUCAAUGAUGCAGAAAACCUCUCAUCUGAUUCAACUCUCUCCAGCCCAAGUGCCCUGAAUUCUCCAGGGCUGGGGAUUGAAGGCUUGAACCGUAGGAGGAAGAAACGCACCAGCAUAGAGACCAACAUACGUGUGGCCUUAGAGAAGAGUUUCCUGGAGAACCAAAAGCCUACCUCGGAUGAGAUCACCAUGAUAGCUGACCAGCUGAACAUGGAGAAGGAGGUGAUCCGCGUUUGGUUCUGUAACCGGCGCCAGAAGGAGAAAAGGAUCAACCCACCCAGCAGUGGUGGAACCAGCAGCUCGCCCAUCAAAGCAAUUUUCCCUUGCCCAACCUCGCUGGUGGCAACCACACCAAGCCUUGUGACUAGCAGUGCAGCUACAACCCUGACUGUCAAUCCUGUGCUCCCUCUGACCAGUCCUGCUGUAACUAGUCUGCCAGUCACAGGCACAACAGAAACCACCUCCAACAACACGGCAACAGUGAUUUCAACAGCACCUCCAGCUUCUUCAGCAGUGACAUCACCCUCCCUGAGUCCUUCCCCUUCUGCCUCAGCUUCAGAGGCAUCCAGUGCCAGUGAGACCAGCACAACACAGACAACCUCUGCUCCCUUGUCCUCCCCAAUUGGGACCAGCCAGGUGAUGGUAACAGCAUCAGGGUUGCAAACGGCAGCAGCAGCCGCAUUACAAGGAGCUGCACAACUGCCUGCAAAUGCAAGUCUUGCUGCCAUGGCUGCUGCAGCAGGACUGAACCCAGGCUUGAUGGCAUCCUCGCAGUUUGCAGCUGGAGGUGCCUUACUCAGUCUCAAUCCAGGGACAUUAGGUGGUGCUCUCAGCCCGGCCCUGAUGAGCAACAGUACACUGGCAACUAUUCAAGCUCUUGCAUCUGGUGGCUCUCUUCCAAUAACAUCACUGGAUGCAACUGGAAACUUGGUGUUUGCCAAUGCUGGAGGUACUCCUAACAUCGUAACUGCCCCUCUGUUCCUGAACCCUCAGAACCUUUCUCUGCUCACCAGCAACCCGGUUAGCUUGGUCUCUGCAGCUGCAGCCUCCGCAGGGGCCUCUGGACCAGUCGCCAGCCUUCAUGCCACCUCCACCUCAGCUGAGUCCAUCCAGAACUCUCUCCUCACGGUGGCCUCAGCGAGCGGGGCCACGUCCACCACCACUACUGCCUCCAAGGCACAGUGAGCCGGGCCGAGCUGUGCUGCCAGCAGCCUGUUUCACUGUGCAGUGGGAUUGGCUGCCAGCGGGGUUUAUAAACUGAAAAUGUGAUGGGCAUCCUCUCACCGUGUUGCUGGGGACAAGGGAGAGAAGGAAAAAUAGAAAGAAACAAAAGCGAAACAGGAAGGAUUUAAAGCUGGGACAGACAUUUGCCUAAUUUUAUAAUAAACACUGUCUUUUCAGGAUCGCUUCAUGGAUCGGAGAACUUUCUAACCAAAAAUGUAAAAAAAAAAAAAAAAAAAAAAAAAACCAAAAAAAAAAAAAAAGUGAAAGGACUACUUAUCAUUUCCAGCAGUCACAAUGACAAGUUAAGGUGGGUUAUCAGUUCAAACAUAGGAAGGGGAUUUCUUCUUUCUUUUUGGUCAAAAUAUCGAAAUAUCUUUCUUUUUUAAUUAUCAUUUUAUAGGUCUGUUGUACAGGCCAUUAUGUCAUACAAGGUGUUUAUAAUCGUAUCAAUCAUGUUGGGGGUUCCUUUCUUAACUGGUACAAUUUAGGCAGGCCUGUAUUACUGGUGUAUCUCUAUUAUUAUUAUUAUGAUUAUUAUUAUUAUUAUUUUUAUAUAUAUAGUUUGGACGCGUUUGUCUUUUGCUCCUGGAGUAUUUUCAGCGAGCUUCCACACCACGGGGGGAGGGCGGGAGGGUGGAGAGGAAGAAUGGAGCACAAAUAGACUUUCUGUCCUAAUCUUCUGGGAACGUUCUGAACAGUUUCCUCAUCCUUGAAUUUGUCUAAUGGUUACUUGCAGGGGUCAGAAGAAUUUAUGUUCGUCAUUUGUGCAGGAAGCUCAGUGUAGCAGUAGAGAUCAUUGUGUGCAAACUUUCAGGCUGGUCUGUGCUCUUUAAGCAGAGGUAGGAAUUCGUUCCGAACUGCAGUUAUCCUUCUCUCAGUCGUUUAGACAAAAUGGCCGAAUUCUGCUCUUAGCUUCAUGUGUUUGGUUCCUUUUUACUUCAGAGAGUGGGAUUUGACCUUCUGAGUCCAGAUUGUGUGACAUACCGAUGGUUCUUCUGUUCUGUUAAAUGGAUUUUGCUAAGACCAUACACAAAUAUUUUUAAAAUGUCAAAGUUACGCAAGCUAAUUGGCAGUAUGUAAAGCAGCAUUUACAGUCCUGUAUUCCCACCAGGCGAAUUGGUACAGGGUUUCAAAAGGCCAGAUUAUCCCUAUUCAUAGCAAUAUUCCUUUUCCAUUAAUGUUAAUGCUUCCAACAUUGUAUUUAGAAAAACUUUCUAGUAAAAAAGUGCUUCUGGUGGCAAAACACAGAAGCCCACAGUUAGGAGAGCAGAAGUUACCAUCAUUUAUGCCAACACAAUAGAGCUGACUCUGGGGUUUUGCACAUAGCUGGGUGAUCUCAUGUAGUCUCUGAGCUGUGAUGCUGCUAGAUAUCUAAAAACGGCAAUAAGCAUCUCUGACCACAGUGCCAGGGCUUGCCUGCCACCGUAACCAUCUUUUCAAGGUUGACUCCGAUCCAUGUGGCAAAGGAUAUUUACAUGGAUGAGGAAGAGUAACGAACUGUACAGAAGUUAGAUCUGUAUAUUCUUAAAUAUACAGUGUAGUAUCUGAACCAAAAAAAAAAAAGAUUUUUAAGAAGAGAAGACUGGAUCACUGCAAUGCAGUUCACUUUGAACUUUCCAUUCUUGAUGGAUUUAAAGGUUUCUGCCAUGUGUAUAAAACUAAAUUACUUUUAGCUAGUGAGGGUAUUAGAAGAGUCCCUUUCCCCCACCCCCUUUUCUUUUGUCACUGGAGUGUCCCAAAAUGAUGAGCUGAUGAAGCUGUGUUCAUUUUGUUGAUGAUUCAGGGGGAUCCUGGAGCUUUUCAUCCAAGAUCCAGAAGGCAGCAACUUUAAACCCUACAUGUGCUUUGGUUUGUGAUCCGAGCAUGUGGGAUUUGUGUUUGCACUCAAGUGGCAGAACCCCUUAUCUCUCCCCCCACCAUCAUGGUUUUACUCUGUUCAUCUCUAACUCUCCACCUUCCUGUUUUACUGAAUAUUUAAACCAAUUAUCCCUAAAACUUCGAAACUAGUGAACUGCAAGCAGGGAAACUAACAAAUGUCCGUCCACCGUUUCUGAUGUGUUUUUGAUUUUUUUAUGUUUUAUUUUUUUAAAACUAAGCUUGAACCAAAGUCAAUUUCUAGCAAGCUGCUGUACUAAUGGACUAGUUUGUAUAAGUGCAGUUCAGAUGCAGAGAGGCGAUAGAUGCUACUGACAAUUUCUUUUUCAUUUGUCUUUUGUUUUUAUUAAUUUUAUAUAAAAGUUGCUGCUUGUUUUUAAUUUUUUUUUUUUUUUUUUUGGUUGGUAAUUUGUGUUAUCCUUGGGGCAGACUCUUAACUUGAUUUUAAUUUGUUUCCUUUUAUUUUAUGUGUAAAUAGAAUGGCAAUGUCGGGGGUUGUUAAUCCAACAGGUCCCACCCUCAUCCCACCGGUAUGGGUAAAUCUAAGUAUUUUUGAUGUGUCUAUGUGACUUCAGGCUGUGCAGGAGACUUUUAGGGCUAUGAAUAAUACUGCAGAAGUGGAAAUGGCCCACAGUAAUAGCUUCAGAGCAGUAAAAGGUAUAGCUGGGUGAGCUUCAGGGGAGUAGGGAAGAGGAGAUGCAGGUACCCACUAUGCUGGUCUGGAGGCCGUAGCACAGAUCACAGUUUCUACCAAAGGAAUGCGAGUCCCUGGGGCUUGUGUUCAGUGAAGUAAGAGGAUGGAUGCAGCUAUAGUGUUCAUUCCUAACUAAGUUCCUGCUUAAUGUUAUGCCUGUGCAAAAAUACGAUUUAUCAGGAAGCUUUUUUUGUUGAAGUGAGGAUACAACCGGUCUUUUCUCUGUUGUAUCCUCUAUUCCCUAAAGGUUUUGUGGCGGGGUCAGGGGACAUGGUCCUUGCAUAUAUCUAGGAAACACAAAGAAAGGUGGGCCUUAAAUCAGCAGAAAAUCCUCUCUCCACAGUUAAAAGAGACUGUGCCAUUAGCUGUCUGGAUGAGUUGUCAUGUCCCAUUCUUGCUGGUUUGUGGUUGGGAGAGGGUCUUGUUGAGUACAUAUCUGGAACACUAAUGCAGCUUGGAUGGUUUAUUUAUUAUAAAAAAAAAAAAUCUGCUUUUUUUCCUGACUACCUUUGCAUUGGUCACAUGGCUUUGGUGUGAGCACCUUAUACCCUUUUACCCUCCUCCUCUGUAUCCCGUCACCCUCUCUGGGGCCCAGAUUCCAGGGAAUUUCUUAGCAAGUCUUUUUCUGAGAAAAACUGGAAGCUCAGAGUAGCCAUAUAUCCAGAAAGGGCUUGGUUUUCCUUGCUGGAGCUGACAUAAUACCUGAACAGCAUGUAUCCCACCACGGUGUCCUCUACCAGCGUGCUCUGAUUUGUUGUCCUAAAACAUCCCAGUGACUGACUGUCACUCCUGGAGCCUGCUUUUCAUCCCUGGCAGUGUUUGUCUCGUGGAUGCUGGCUUAGUGUUUAGGUGAAAGACAGAAAUCAGGUGGGCAGUGAUUGUGCGUCUGCCUAGUUAGAGCACAUACGCUUCUUCAGAGCAUGAAAGGGAUAUGAGAUCAUGUACUAGAAUUUAGCACAGGUUCAUUUUUUAAAUCAUAAUCAUGCUUGCAGCAGAAAUUGAUGUAUCUGAAAAGAGACAAUAACAAUUGUAUACAGACCUAGUAAAUACCAUGGUCUGACUUGAUGGGUAUUGGAAAUGGAGAAAUGCAUCAUCACAAACUUGCUGACGGACCCAGGGCAUUUAUUUAGCAAACAAGUUGGCCUUUUUCCUCCAGUGGCACAAAUGUACAUUCUGAUUCCAGUAUCCGUGGGUUCAUAUGUUGUAGGGAGAUGAUUUUCUGUUCCAUGCUCACAGUCUUUAAUCCUUACUGUACUUUUUAAGGGAAGAUUUUCUGUGCAUAUGCUAAUUUCUAGACAGCCUUUUAGCUGUGUGCUGGCAUAUUUGCUCCUAUAUUGAUUAGUGAGCCAGGAAUUUUGUAGCACGUUAGAAAAGGAUAAUAGCAUCUCUUUUUCAGAGCUCCAUGUCUCUAUAUUUAAAGAUGUGUGGGUUGCUUUUUGUAGUUGCAAGCAUGCCAAAGGACGUAUGUAGGAAAAGAGAAGGUGAAAAGCUCUCAUUGCAGCCAAAGACAGUGAACUCAAAAAGCAAGAGAUUUAUGGAGACGCAAAUACAGAUAUGCCCUGAAGGUCAAGAACAAUUUAGGAAAUGGUUUCAGGUUGAGAUGUUGCAGGCUUGAUGAAAUUUUUUCUGAUGUUAAAAGAAUGUAUUUCAGUUUGGCUUUAGCACAGUUGGUCUCCUCAGAACAUACUCUCCACAGGCACUGUAGAAUGAUUCAUGAACAGCUCACAGAAAGUGCAAAUAGAUACGGCUGCUUACAAGAGUCACAUCAGUCUAUUUAAAUCUCCUUAAGAGGAUUUAUUUUGUUUCUGAGUUACUGUGCAGCAUGUUUUAGUCUAAGUACAUUUUUAUCAUGUUGCUCUGAGAUUAUGUCUAUGUGCAUGCACUCAGAAGAUUGCUGGGAAGAUACCAUGCUUGUUACAUGCACAAGUACCUGAUUUUUAAGAGUUUCUCUCUUUUUUUUUUUUUUUUUUUUAACCUAUAAGUCUCAUGUGACUUCAGUUUGGUUUGUUGUUUUUUUUUUUUUUUUCAUUCUUUGAGUGACUUGUGAUGACACAUCAUUGCUCUGCUACUUCUGAAGAUCCUCUGCUUCAAUAAAUAGUUGUUGAAACACAAGUUAAAUUGAUUUGAAAAAGCCACUUUACGGUGAAUGGGAAAUUUGUGCUUGGCUGAACCAGCAAGGAGAACAUAGAAUCUUAGAAUGCUUUGAGAUGGAAGGAGCCCUUUGGAGGUCAUCUGGUCCAACCCCCUGCAAUGAGCAGGGACAUCUUCAACUAGAUCAGGUUGUUCAGAACCCUGUCCAGCCUGGCCUGGAAUGUCUUCAGGGAUGGGGCAUCUACCACCUCUCUGGGCAACCUGUGCCAGCGUUUCACCACCGUCAGUGUAAAAAAUUUCUUCAUAGAACGUGCUUGAAAGUUGGAUGGGUCUUCAUGUGGGCAUUUGUUAUUUCUCUUGCUCAGUAGUUCUUUUUAGAGUGCUAGUGAGGUUGUCUUUUCAGACAAAACUAAAAUGCCAGAACAUGAAAAGGAAGACACAUUUUCUGGUGGCUUGAAUUAGAGACCUUUUAGGACAUGGAAGCUUCAAGUUUGAAUCCUACCUUUAAAUGAGCAGGCUGACAAAGAGACUUUCAGUGGCAAUAGUAUUGUUCCUGAUGUAUUUGGAGUUACGGCUUGUGAUUUUUGUACCUUUUAGGUUAAUCAGGAGGAUGCUAACACUGAGCAAAUAAGCUAUCUGCUGAUCUUAACACACAAGAUAAAAAUGUUCUGUCAUAGUAUGGUAUCUUUUCAUUUGAGCAAGAGCAAUCCACUGCCUCUACUUUUAGCCCUUAUUUUAAUUUUACAUACUUUGCAGUCAUCAUUUAAAUGAAGACAGAAUUUUUAUACUUCUGAUCUUUUGGUAUCUUGCCAAAAUAUUUUAGGUUUGUUUGUUUUUUUUUCUUUUAAUAACCAGUUUUGCUCAGGGAGUAGUUGAGAGAAUAGCUGUUACCAAAACAUGUUAGAGAAAAUUCUCCAUGUACAUCCAUGCCAGUGAUUGUUUAACAGAAAAUGGCUGCUUUUUAAAAAAAAAAACCAAACACAUCACCUUUAUUGGAACUAUAACCUAAUGAUUUGGUUCACUCUAGUGUUUAAAUGUCCCCUCUGUAAGUCUUGCAGUGUGCUUUGGCUAACACACAUUUCUGCAGUUGAGUUACUGAAGGAGACAGAAGCAUUAAUUCCUUCCCUCUGUGCACAUUCCUGCAGAGCAACACUUUAGAACAGAAAUUUGCUUUUUCUUUGUUACAAAUGGGAGCAGAACACCUGUUAGAGCUGGAACCACACAGAUGCUAAACUAAAACAACAUCUAAUUUACCUUAAAUAUCAGUUGAUAUUUUCUUAGAUAAAAACUUGCUUUACAAAAUCCUCUUAGACAGGUAGCUUCUCAUGGUCAUUAGAGUGUUUUGGGACAGACAAAAUUAAUGCAUCUGAUCCAAACUUUCAAUUAUAGCUGGUUUUAAACUGUAAGUUUAAAAUGUGGAUCUCUUUAUUGCCAGGAUAACUUUAUUCAGAAUCACUGUUCCCUAUUCCUGUCUGCCUGAAAUGGUUCAGUGAUGUGUAUCCACAGAGCCUGUGUGUACCUGUAGGACAUACACCUACACUGUUGUCUAGGGUAGAGACUUACCAAAGGAGUAAGGCAGCCCUCUGCCCCCCACUGGGUUUAUGGUUGUCAGUCCUCACAUAGCCAACUCAAAUUCCUUGAUAUUUUUGCAUACCUUUUACUUCUCCCUCCUUUUCAAAAUGCUAUAGCAAUAUAGAAUUCGAGAUGCGUACCUUGCAGAGGUUCUACCCUUUUCAGUCAUUAAAUCUCACUGCCGUUGGUUGCUGCUUGUUUUUCUCUUCUUUCCAGCAGAGAGACUUUAUACUAAAAUACAAUUUUUGACAGAGGCAGCUUUGUCAUAGAUUUACUGAGUCAUGGUUUGCAAUUUUUUAAAAUACUCACAUCUUUGGCUCUGUGAUCUGAAUGGUACCCGGUUCCCUGUAUGUCAGCACAGGUGGUUUCAGUGCUUUUGGAAGGAUGAAAAGAAGCGAUUCCUGUACUUGUAUAUCUUCACAGACAAGCACGCAGAGGAAUGCAUGAAAAAGAACUUGAUAUUUUUUUUUGGCUUAUCUGUCUUCAUUGGAUCUGAUUGCCACUUCUCCCAGGACACUCGUAGUGGACACAUGCUCUGAGCCUUUACCCCCAUGGGACCCUGUUAUAGAAGGGUGUUAGGAAGAUUGCACUGGAAUUACAAAUAGUUUACCUGUAGGAGAAGAGACACCUUUUAGUUGAGCAGACAGAUAAGGUCAGCAUGUAGAAUGUAUCAGGUACUACUUUUCUGACCAAAUUCCCAAAACUGAAGCAACUGCCAGGCUUUGUCUUGGGGCUGCUUUCAGCUCCAUCUGCAAUACCCUGCUAAGAACUGUCCGUAACUGGAAUAAUCUGGGCCCCCUUCCUCCUCCCCUCUCCCUCCUCGUUCCUUCCCAUUUCCCUCAGCAAAAGGUAGCACCAUAUGGCUCUGAGAACAAUACUUGUGGGUAGCAGCUGGCUUCUGGCACCUUCAUAAAAUACCUCAGCAUAGCUUAGCAUUGUCGCAGAACUGGUUUUAAACUGAAAAAAUCAGAAGAGAAAAGCAAACUUUAUAAAUAGUGGAGAUAAUUCUAGCUGUAGAGUUUAGUUGAACUGAUGUUUAUUAUGAUUGAUAAACAUGAUUAUGCUGUAUGUAUUUGAGAUCUUGUUUAUAGGUUACAACUUUAUAGGGUUGGGUGGGGGUGGGUGGAUGUUGGGGGCAGAGAAGGGGGCUGACUGUGUUAGAAGGAAAAUGUUUGCUCAUGAAUUUUUUUCCUUGUAUCUGUCUUGCCAAAGGAAACAUUUUGUCGCUCCUGGGUUUGGGAUUGUUGUUUGGUUGGUUUAUCUGUGGUCUAAUCUGCAGCACAGCACGUGGUGGCAUGCAGGUUACUGAUCGGGGUUGCUGUUCAGGGUCCUUUCGAGUGUGCGCACACUCCCCUCCCUCUUGGCCUUUCCUUGCCCUUCGCUGGGAUCUAACGAUGAGGCAACGCGUACCCGGGAGGCUCAAGGGAAAGAAGGUGGCUGUACUGGGUUGACAUCAGCCUGGGUGGUGUAAAUCCAUGUCAGUUAGUUGAGUUGCACCCGAGCUGAACUGAGUCUGUUGUGUUUGACUUCAGGGAGGGAGAAGAAUGGUUGUCGCAUCUUAAUCUAUCUGGGAGAGCAAAAGUGAAACAGGUUCCUUUUAUCCCCCUUGUCUUGUUACUGAAUGUAGGGCUUGUAGUGCUUGAUGAUAGGUGGAAAACUUUUUAAACACUUCCUUUUCUAAUAGCAAUGCUAAUCCUGUCUAGACCAAAAACUAUGAAAGAAAAAAACCAAACUGAGAAGUGAAAGCUAACCUACUCCUAACACCUGGCUGGUCUGCCUGAAAGGGUCGACAUACUGUGAGACAGUCGUGGGAGAGGAGCUUUGAGGGGUUGUUGGUGAGGGAGCGGGUUGUCCUCCUGGCAUACGUCUCGGUGUCGCAGUAGGAGGAGUAGCAGAAGAGUGAGUGGUUGUUGCCUUGGGAGAGUGUUGCAGCCCCCUCCGCCUGGACCCCAAGGCUCCCUUCUCGUUUCCCGUCAAGGCCCAUGGAGGAGGGCAGGGGCGUGUGUGGGUGCGUGUGCAAGGGUGUGUGAGCGCACACGCGUGCGCCUGGCUGUGCGUGGUGGUUGGGAGAGGGGGCUUUCUAAAGGAGCUCGACUCCACUGGGGCGGGAGAAUUCCCAGUGGCCUCGUAGGGAACCAAAGGCACUGAUAGUUGUCAGCUCUGCUGUUCUCAGAGUGGGUAAGAGAGGAGCUGCGUGGGGUUUUGUUGAGCUUUGGGUCAGUGUCCCUUCCGUAAGGACCUCGUCUCUCGUGGGUACUCCCACCUUUUCUGCAUAGAGUUGCCUUGGCUCUGUGAAGACAAACGGCGUGUGGGGCUUGCCCAGUGCUGCAGGUCUGAGGCUGAUGUUGGGAUACAGUCAGGGAAAAACUGUUUCUUUCCUUCGAAUGUGGAAGCAGUGUAGUCCAAGGUCAGAGUCUGUUCAACAGCUUUUGCUUAUGGUCCUUCUCUUUAGGGGGGGACCUUGAAGCCUCCCUUCUUUGCUCCCCAAAUUAGCCUUGUACAUGUUCAUGUAUCGUGCUAUUGGGCUGAGUUGUUUUAUCGGUGAACUUGGUGAGCUCUUGUGAAGAAAGGGAGGGAGGAAGGGGGAGAGGUGGGUUGUCCAGCUACUCUUCCUCCGGACACGAAUCGGGUUGCAGAACUUCACUGAAAGCUUUACUAAUAGAAUUGUUGUUCUGACAUUAUGUAAAAGUGGUAUUAAUAUUGUGUGACUUUUCAAAGAGCUAGUUAGAUUUAUAGAUAGGUAAUAGGGAUAUUGAAGAAAUGACUUCUCAAAGAAAAGAGCACUUGGAACAAAAGAAGUGGAAAACAAGGUGUGCUUUAAGGAAAACAAAUCUGAGGAAGGAAAUGAAACAGCUUGUGGGAGGCGAGGGAAGAUGAUACCCUUUGGCGUUCCUUAGUGCUGCUGAGGCUCAGCCCCAGAACUGGAACAUACCCCCUCUGCCUUAUUUCAUCUCUCUACCAAACAGGACAUUGUCAAGUAGCUCAGACCAAAAUGCUGAUCUGUCUUAAAACUGUGUCGGUCUGCUGGUGAAUAUUCUCCUGCAGAGCUUUACAUAAAACCAUAAGAUACUUAAUUUAUCAUGUUAGCUUCCCCUUUCCUCCCAAAAUUCUCUUAUCUGUUGUAGACCCCACUUCAGGAUUCAUACUGCCUUUGCUGAAUUUCGUAGCAGCAGCAGCUACUUAAGCCCUAUUCCCUGAACGUGAUAAUGUCGUGUGCAGAUGAAGCCGGCAUGUUGCGGUGCUACAGAAAUCUGAAACUCUUAAGAAAGAAUCCUAAGAUAUUGGAAAUGGCAUGCCGAGGGGUGAAUCACGGAGAUCACACAACCCCCUUGAGAAACAAUUUAGGAACAAGAGCACCCGUGGCAGUGUCCUGAGAACAAGGCAGUUGAGACAAACCCUUUAGUUCUUCCCCCAUUCACUCUAUCGGCCUCUGUGACCCUGGUGCUCCCUGCACCCGAGCGAGUCUGAGGGGAAAACAUGAUGAGAAAGAUGUGGAGAUCAGUGCUGCUCCCCAUGAGUUCUGGGGAGCCGGACUGGGCCUCCCUGCAAGACCAAGAAGGGAUGGGACAGCUGCAGAGCCCCCCGCAGGCAAUUUGAAGAGGUCUGGGGCAGCGCUGGUCCCCAUGGGGCACCUGGCGUGCCAGCGAUCGGUGGGAAGGACCCGGGCAGUAGUUUCUUCGUCCGUGCCAGUGCUGUUGUUCCAUUUCCUUCCUCUGUGGUAGUAUCUAAGGCUAGGUGUGAGUAGGUGUGGGGUGUUUAUCCGCCACAGGUACAGGAGCUGUCGUAUACCUCAUUUCUAACUCGUAACUGAGUAACUUGCUUUAACUUUCUCCAAACCCUACAGAGUUGCCAAGUCCUGCCCUCCCUCCUUUGAUUAACACUGAACUCUGGCCUAUAGCACCCCGUGACCUGCAACCUGGGGAGUGACCCCCCAACGCCUCUGAAUGUCGCUGCUUAAAGCUACUGCAAAGUGAGGGCAAAUUGCAAUCUUAUCUUAUUUCCUUUGGUUACAAGGGGUCCUCUUGAUUAGUCUGUGAAUAUCCACCCCCACCCCUCCACUCCCCAUGGAAAAGGGUCGCCCUGCGCUGCCUUUCCCCACCCCAGGGCAGCGUCCCCGGGGCCGCGCUGAACUCCAGGGCCCAGAGGCACUCUUGUCCCAGUGCCGUGUACAUGCUACUCGCUUUUUAACAUGACCAAAAAAAAAUAGAUCUCCAAAUAUUUUAUUUUCUUCUUUAUUAUUUGACAAUCCUGUAUUCCUUCCCCACUCCCCAGCCUGGCCAGCAGCUGCAUCCUUAACCUGGUCCAUCUUUAUUUGAAUGUAGUUCCCCUACCCCCCUGGGAAAGAGAAGCUUUGUCAGGUCACGGUGGCUGCUAUAAGUCGGGAGGGGGCGGUUUCUUUGUUUUGUUUUGUUCUUUUAAAAUUUCCAGCCAAAACCAAAGAUUUCCUAAUGAUUGUAUAAACUCAAAACAAACAAACAAACCAAAGACAAAGGGCGUCUUCAGCACCAAGCCCAUCUGUGAGGCCGGCCUGCCCCGGGGCCAAGGGCUCUGCCCUCCAGCCUGGAGGGGCUGGGGCCUGGGCUGCCCCUGGCAAGGGGACGAUGCCCCUGGAAGAAACUCGCCACCCUGGGGCAAAAUCCGGGAGGCGGGCGCUGGGAGGGGGCGGCCGGGGCUUCGCAGGUGGGUUGAGGAGCUGAAGACUUGGGUGCAGGAUUGGCUGCUCUGCUGGGUGCUUUAACCCUCUGGGGGCUGGGUGAUGUUGAUUAAUACACGCUGAGGUGCACUUCUGAGCUUCCCCCCUCCCCCCGUCACUGCUUGGAAGAGGCUGUCCUGUUGUGAGGAAUCCCUGAAAGAAGAAAAAGCAGCUUUUCAUUUCUCCUCUAGUUCCUUUUUUCUAGAUUUCUUUUGUUUUUGCAGCACCACUGUGCAACUAUGCAUUGUAUUUCUCAACCUUUUAUGCUAGGUAGAUGCCUGUGACUUUUUAACUUUUGGGGGGGGAUUGCAAAUGGAGGAACUUUUUACAUGGAUCUUUUUAAUCUCAGUUGAUUGGGGGGUGUUUGGUUCUAGGGUCAUACAAGCUCUAUCCCAAAGCAAAAUCCAAAUGUUAAUAUUAUUAGCCUGAUGCAGAUACCAAAGAUAAUUUCUUUCCUGCAGAACCUUAGACUUGUGUAUUAAGUACGAUUACCCAGCACUUGCAUUAGUCUAACCUCAGUAAUUCCAAAGCUUAGAUGUAUAUUUUGGUAUAUUUCUGGGAUAUUAAAAAAUUGUCGUUUAAAUUCUUGUUUGUUUCAGUGUAAUGCUCUUAAAGUCAUAGCAUGGAGAAAACUGAACUUGUCCUAUUCUUAGUAGUUUGAAAUAAUAGUAUUUUUGUAUGUUUUGGGUGUGUCUAUGUAUGUAUUAACAUAACAGUUUUCACUGCCUAGGUGUUCAUAAAUAAAAAAAAAAGGAAAAAGAAAAAAGGAAAAA